GGAGAGCGAGUGCCCGGGAGGAGGAGGAGCGGAGAGGAGGGCUGCCCCCGAGGGCAGCCCCUCGGAGCGGAGCGGGGGCCCGGGGGUGGAUGCCCGCCGGUGCCGGGGCUGGCCCGGGGCUGCCCGGCCGGGCGCUGCCCUGGCAGGCGAGCCGUGCCGUGCCGUGCCCAGGGGGGGCCCGCCAUGCACAAACCCAUGGAGAAAUCCCAAAACUUCAGCAUCGAGGCGCUCCUGGCUGAAGAGCCGCCGAGGAGCGCGUCUCCACCGGGGCUCAGCCCCGCGGGGAGCCCCGGCCCCCCUGGGCGCACCGACACCCCCUCGCCGAGGGCUCCCCAGCUCUCUGCGCCCCUCGCCCCGGCCGGUUUCGUCCCCAAGCCCGGCUUGCUGCAUCUCCCCGGCCCCGGGCUCGGCGCCCUGCCGGCCCUUUACCCCCCCGCCGUGUACCCGCUGCCUGCCCUGGGGGGCCAGCACCCCGCUUUCGCCUACACCGGCUUCCCCCACCUGCCGCCGCCCGGCGCGGAGCACCUGAAGGCGGCCGUGGCCGGCUCCUUGCCGCUGGAGCACUGGAUCCGAGCCGGGAUGCUGGUGCCGAGGCUCUCCGACUUCCACGCCACCCCGCAGGCCGGCUUGAUGGGGAAGUGCCGCCGGCCCCGCACGGCCUUCACCAGCCAGCAGCUCCUGGAGCUGGAGAACCAGUUCAAGCUCAACAAGUACCUCUCCAGGCCCAAGCGCUUCGAGGUGGCCACGUCGCUGAUGCUCACCGAGACGCAGGUGAAGAUCUGGUUCCAGAACCGGCGGAUGAAGUGGAAGCGGAGCCGCAAAGCCAAGGAGCAGGGGGCCACGGCGGAGGCGGAGAAGCCGCGGGGGCUCGGCAAAGCCUGUGAGAAGCUGCUGCCCGGAGAGCCCCAGGGACAGGCGGGCGAGGGCCCCGAGUUUGUGGGGUGCAGCCCCGGCUCGGGCUUCCUGCACCGCAGCGCCGCCGAGCUGGGCUACGGCCCCGACUCCUCCUGCUCGGGGGGAGAGGAGGAUGAGGAAGAGGAGGAGGACGAGUUGGGCGCCGCGGAGAGGAAGAUGGGCUCCGUGUUGUGAAGAGGGGCCGGGCUGAGGCGUCGGGGGCCUCUUCGCUGGCAGCCACAGACUGUGCCCGUGCGGGGCAGGGGGGCCGUGGGGAGCCUGCCCCCCGCUUUAACUUAUGUGUGUUUGGAUCCUAUUUAACUCGUAAUUAUUCCUCUGUGUGUAUCUGGGGGAGUCCCCACACCCCGCCCCUAUAAAGCUGUUAUCCCCAUGCCUCUGCUCUUCCUUAGGGGACAGGGGCUCUGCCCUACCUGGGGCACCAGGGGGGAUAAAGAGGGGUGCUCAGGGUGUGUGCCCCCUCCCGCUGCUCUAGCAUCCCGGGGGGGGCUCAGAGCAACCCCUAGGAGUGGGGUGACAGCAGCCACCCCCUGCCACCUGCCUCCCCAGGAGCCCUAAGCUUAGGCUGUGACCCCAAAGUGAGCCGGCUCCCCUG